GGGAGUGAAGCCGCCAUAUUCAGAUUUUGCUCAAGACACAUCGCACGUCGAAGGCAUUUCGUGAAUUUGCGACUUUUAAGUCAAUAUUUUUUCUUCGUUAAAUACUUCAUAACUCAAGAACUUCAAUAUGCGUGAAUGUAUCUCUAUCCACGUCGGCCAAGCCGGAGUCCAGAUCGGUAAUGCCUGCUGGGAGUUGUACUGCCUUGAGCACGGCAUCCAGCCUGAUGGUCAGAUGCCCUCAGACAAGACCAUCGGAGGUGGUGAUGACUCCUUCAACACCUUCUUCAGUGAGACUGGGGCUGGCAAGCACGUCCCCCGUGCCGUCUUCGUCGAUCUCGAGCCAACCGUAGUCGAUGAGGUCCGUACCGGUACCUACCGUCAGCUCUUCCACCCCGAGCAGCUGAUCACCGGCAAGGAGGAUGCUGCCAACAACUACGCCCGUGGUCACUACACCGUUGGAAAGGAACUCAUCGAUAUCGUCCUCGACAGGAUCAGGAAGUUGGCUGACCAGUGCACAGGUCUUCAGGGAUUCCUCAUCUUCCACAGCUUCGGUGGUGGCACCGGCUCUGGAUUCACCUCCCUUCUCAUGGAGCGUUUGUCUGUUGAUUACGGAAAGAAGUCCAAGCUCGAGUUCGCCAUCUACCCCGCUCCUCAGAUCUCCACCGCUGUCGUCGAGCCCUACAACUCCAUCCUGACCACCCAUACCACCCUCGAGCAUUCCGACUGUGCCUUCAUGGUCGACAACGAAGCCAUCUACGAUAUCUGCCGUCGCAACCUUGACAUCGAGCGUCCCACCUACACCAACUUGAACCGUCUCAUCGGACAGAUUGUCUCCUCCAUCACCGCAUCUCUCCGAUUCGAUGGUGCCCUCAACGUCGAUCUUACCGAGUUCCAGACCAACUUGGUGCCCUACCCACGUAUCCAUUUCCCUCUUGCAGUCUAUGCCCCAGUCAUCUCUGCCGAGAAGGCCUACCAUGAGCAGCUGACUGUUGCCGAGAUCACCAACGCUUGCUUCGAGCCUGCCAACCAGAUGGUGAAGUGCGAUCCCCGUCACGGCAAGUACAUGGCCUGCUGUCUCCUUUACCGUGGUGAUGUCGUCCCCAAGGAUGUCAACGCUGCCAUCGCUACCAUCAAGACCAAGCGUACCAUCCAGUUCGUCGACUGGUGUCCAACUGGUUUCAAGGUCGGUAUCAACUACCAACCACCCACCGUCGUUCCCGGUGGUGAUCUUGCCAAGGUCCAGCGUGCCGUCUGCAUGUUGAGCAACACCACCGCCAUCGCCGAGGCAUGGGCUCGUCUUGACCACAAGUUCGAUCUGAUGUACGCCAAGCGUGCUUUCGUCCAUUGGUACGUCGGAGAGGGUAUGGAGGAAGGAGAAUUCUCCGAGGCUCGUGAGGAUUUGGCCGCUCUCGAGAAGGACUACGAAGAAGUCGGAACCGACUCCGUCGAUGCAGAGGGAGAGGAGGAGGAAGGCGAAGAAUAUUAGACAGGUUCUGACACUCCUGACGCCUAUCGACAUUACGAACUGAAAUGACCGGUUACUUUCUAGCAAUAAUGAUAAAAAUAUUUGUUCUGAACUCUAUAUAAUUUUGGACUUUACCCAGUAUCAGAUAAAGAGAAGAUCUAUGCCACAUUAUUUCAAAUAAACAUGUCUCUGAACAUAAUAUUUUUAAAGAAA